UCAUCUGGAGAAGCCAAUGCUGUGACUAGAGGACACAAUGCACAGAAAGACCAUGCAGCGACAUUGCCUUCUCCAAGGACUUGCUUUUCUCCUCCUUAUUGUCAUAGUGGAUACUCAAGAGAGCCCAAAGCUCCGCCUGGUAGAUGGGGACAGUCGCUGUGCAGGCAGAGUGGAGAUCCUUCACCAGCAUUCCUGGGGCACUGUCUGUGAUGACAGCUGGGACCUUAAAGAAGCCCAUGUGGUGUGCAGACAAAUGGGCUGUGGUGAGGCCCUCAAUGCCAUGCAUGAGGCACCCUUUGGUGAGGGAUCAGGGCCCAUCUGGUUGGAUGAGCUGGAGUGCACAGGAGAGGAGUCCCAUCUGUGGCAGUGCCUUUCAGAGGACUGGGGCAAAAAUGACUGCUCACACAGUGAAGAUGCAGGAGUCAUCUGCUCAGGAUUUGUGCGUUUGGAUGGAGGACACGGACCUUGCUCUGGGGAAGUCAAAGUAAAUUCUGGAGAAGGAUGGACUCUAGUAUCUGAUGGGAAUUUCACAUUACCCACAGCCCAGGUCAUCUGUGCAGAGCUGGGAUGUGGCAAGGCUGCAGCUGUCCUGGGGAACCUGCCUUUCAGAGAAGACAGUGAACAAGUCUGGGCUGAAGAGUUCCAGUGUGAGGGGCUGGAGCCUGAACUCUGGUUCUGUCCCAGAGUGCCCUGUCCUAGAGGUAGCUGCCACCACAGAGGGGCUGUGCAAGUUGUCUGCUCAGGAUAUACAGAUGUUCGGCUCAUGAAAAAUGGCAGCUCUCAGUGUGAAGGUCAAGUGGAGAUGAAGACCUCUGGAGGCUGGAGAACACUCUGUGCCUCCUACUGGAAUAUGGCCAAUGCCAAUGUAGUUUGCCGUCAGCUGGGCUGUGGAGUCGCCAUCUCCACCCCAAAGGGAGCAUACUUUGUUCAAGGAGGAGAUGAGAUCUGGAGAGACAGAUUUCACUGCUCAGGGUCUGAGUCCUUCUUGUGGAAUUGCCCUGUGACUGCCCUGGGUGUUCCUGCCUGUGCGCAUGGAAACACAGCCUCUGUGGUCUGCUCAGGAAACCAGACACAACUGCUGCCCCCAUGCAAUGACUCCUGGUCUAACCCAGCAUACUCUGCAGCCUCAGAGGGCCACACUGCCAACUGCUCAGACAACAGACAGCUCCGCCUGGUGGAUGGGGGCAGUCGCUGUGCAGGGAGAGUAGAGAUCCUUCAGCAGGGCUCCUGGGGCUCCAUCUGUGAUGACAGCUGGGACCUGAAUGAUGCACAAGUCGUGUGCAGACAGCUGGGCUGUGGAGUGGCUCUGGAGGCCACCAUUUCUGCUUACUUUGGAGAAGGAUCAGGGCCCAUCUGGCUGGAUGAGGUAAACUGCACAGGAGAGGAGGCCCAUGUGUGGCUGUGCCCUUCCCAGGGCUGGGGGCAACACAACUGCAGUCACAAGGAGGAUGCUGGAGCCAUCUGCUCAGAGUUCCUGGCCCUCAGGCUAGUGAGCCAGGACCAGGAGUGUUCUGGGUGGCUGGAGGUUUUCUAUAACAACACUUGGGGCAGUAUCUGCCACAGCCCCAUGGAACCCAUGACCUUGUCCAUAAUCUGCAGACAGCUUGGCUGUGGGGACACUAGGACUCUGGAUUUUUGGGUUCCUUCUAGAGAAGGUUCUAGACCCCGCUGGGUAGAUGGAAUCCGCUGUCGGGAAACUGAUACCUCUCUCUGGCAGUGUCCUUCUGACCCUUGGAAAUACCAAUCUUGCUCUUCAGAGGAGGAAGCUCAUAUCACAUGUACAGAGAGCCCACAGCUCCACCUGGUGAAUGGUAGCAGUCGGUGUGCAGGCAGAGUGGAGAUUCUUCACCAGCAUUCCUGGGGCACUGUCUGUGAUGACAGUUGGGACCUGAACGAUGCUCACAUGGUGUGCAGACAGCUGGGCUGUGGAGAAGCCAUCAAUGCCUUGCUCGAUGCACAAUUUGGAGAGGGAUCGGGGCCCAUCUGGCUGACAGAGCUGGCAUGCACAGGAGAGGAGGAUUACUUGUGGAAUUGUCCUUCCCUGGGCUGGGGAAAGAACAACUGUGAUCACUCUGAAGAUGCAGGAGUCAUCUGCUCAGGAUUUGUGCAUCUGGUUGGAAGACAUGGACCUUGCUCUGGGCGAGUGGAAGUGAAUUCUGGAGAAGGAUGGAUUCCAGUAUCUGAUGGGAAUUUCACAUUACCCACAGCCCAGGUCAUCUGUGCAGAGCUGGGGUGUGGCAAGGCUGCAUCUGUCCUGGGGAACAUGUCCUUCACAGAGGAUAGUGAACAGAUCUGGGCUGAAGAGUUCCAGUGUAAGGGGCAGGAGCCUAGCCUCUGGUUCUGCCCCAGAGUGCCCUGUCCUGCAGGCAGCUGCCCCCACAGAGGGGCUGUGCAUGUUGUCUGCUCAGAAUAUACAGAUGUUCAUCUCAUGAAAAAUGGCAGCUCUCAGUGUGAAGGUCAAGUGGAGAUGAAGACCUCUGGAGGCUGGAGAACACUCUGUGCCUCCCACUGGAAUAUGGCCAAUGCAAAUGUAGUUUGCCGUCAGCUGGGCUGUGGAGUCGCCAUCUCCACCCCAAAGGGAGCAUACUUUGUGGAAGGAGGAGAUGAGAUCUGGAGAGACAGAUUUCACUGCUCAGGGUCUGAGUCCUUCUUGUGGAAUUGCCCUGUGACUGCCCUGGGUGUUCCUGCCUGUGCGCAUGGAAACACAGCCUCUGUGGUCUGCUCAGGAAACCAGACCCAGCUGCUACCCCAAUGCAAUGACUCCUGGUCUGAACCAGCAGGUUCUGCAGCCUCUGAGGGCCACUCUGCCAACUGUUCAGACAGCAGAGAGCUCCGCCUGGUGGAUGGGGGCAGUCGUUGUGCAGGGAGAGUGGAGAUCCUGCAGCAGGGCUCCUGGGGCUCCAUCUGUGAUGACAGCUGGGACCUGAUUGAUGCCCACGUGGUGUGCAGACAGCUGGGCUGUGGAGUGGCCCUGGAGGCCACCGUCUCUGCUCAUUUUGGAGAGGGAUCAGGGCCUAUCUGGCUGGAUGAGCUGAACUGCACAGGAGAGGAGGCCUUUGUGUGGCAGUGCCCUUUCCAGGGCUGGGGGAAGCACAACUGCAGUCACAAGAAGGAUGCUGGGGUCAUCUGCUCAGAGUUCCUGGCCCUUAGACUGGUGAAUGAGGACCAGGAGUGUUCUGGGUGGCUGGAGAUUUUCUACAACAACACUUGGGGCAGUAUCUGCAGCAGCCACAUGGAACACAUGACCUUGUCCAUGAUCUGCAAACAGCUUGGCUGUGGGGACACUGGGACUCUGGAUUUCUUGUUUCCUCCCAGGGAAGGUUCUAGACCCCACUGGAUAGAUAGAAUCCACUGUCGAAAAACUGAUAGCUCUCUCUGGCAGUGUCCUUCUGACCCCUGGAAACACCAAUCUUGUUCUCCCAAGGAGGAAGCUCAUAUUACAUGUACAGAGACCCCACAGCUCCGCCUGGUGGACAGUGGCAGUCGCUGUGCAGGCAGAGUGGAGAUCCUUCACCAACAUUCCUGGGGCACUGUCUGUGAUGAGAGAUGGGACCUGAGAGAUGCCCAUGUGGUGUGCAGACAAAUUGGCUGUGGAGUUGCCAUUGAUGCCAUGCACCAUGCACAAUUUGGGGAAGGAUCAGGGCCCAUCUGGCUGAGCCAGCUGCAGUGCACAGGAGAGGAGGACCAAGUGUGGAAGUGUCCAUCUCAUGGCUGGGGGCAGCACGACUGUGUACACAGUGAGGAUGCAAGUGUCAUCUGCUCAGGAUUUGUGCGUUUGGAUGGAGGAGGUGGACCUUGCUCUGGGCGAGUGGAAGUGAAUUCUGGAGGAGGAUGGACUCCAGUACCUUAUGGGAAUUUCACAUUACCCACUGCCCAGGUCAUCUGUGCAGAGCUGGGGUGUGGCAAGGCAGCAUCUUUUCUCUUGGACCUGCCCCUCAGAGUGGCCAGUGAACUGGUCUGGGCUGAAGAGUUCCAGUGUAAGGGAUGGGAGCCUGAGCUCUGGUUCUGCCCCAGAGUGCCCUGUCCUGCAGGCAGCUGCCCCCACAGAGGGGUUGUGCAAGUUGUCUGCUCAGAGUACACAGAAGUCAGGCUCAUGAAAAAUGGCAGCUCUCAGUGUGAGGGUCAAGUGGAGAUGAAGACCUCUGGAGGCUGGAGAACACUCUGUGCCUCCCACUGGAAUAUGGCCAAUGCCAAUGUUGUUUGCCGUCAGCUGGGCUGUGGAGUCGCCAUCUCCACCCCAAAGGGAGAGUACUUUGUAGAAGGAGGAGAUGAGAUCUGGAGAGACCGAUUCCACUGCUCAGGAUCUGAGUCCUUCCUGUGGAAUUGCCCUGUGACUGCCCUGGGUGUUCCUGCCUGUGCCCAUGGAAACACAGCCUCUGUGGUCUGCUCAGGUAAGAAAGGUAACCAGACUGAGUUGCUGCCCCAGUGCAGUGACUCCUGGUCUGACCCAGCAGACUCUGCAGCCUCAAAGGGGCACAUCACCAACUGCUCAGACAGCAGACAGCUCCGCCUGGUGGAUGGGGGCAGUCGCUGUGCAGGGAGAGUGGAGAUCCUGCAGCAGGGCUCCUGGGGCUCCAUCUGUGAUGACAGCUGGGACCUGAGUGAUGCCCAUGUGGUGUGCAGACAGCUGGGCUGUGGAGUGGCCCUAGAGGCUACCAUCUCUGCUCACUUUGGAGAGGGAUCAGGGCCCAUCUGGCUGGAUGAGCUGAACUGCACAGGAGAGGAGACCCAUGUGUGGCAGUGCCCUUCCCAGGGCUGGGGGCAGCACAACUGCAGGCACAAAGAAGACGCUGGGGUCAUCUGCUCAGAGUUCCUGGCCCUCAGGUUGGUGAGCGAGGACCAGGAGUGUGCUGGGUGGCUGGAGGUUUUCUACAACAACACCUGGGGUAGUAUCUGCCACAGCCCCAUGGAAGCUGUGACCUUGUCCGUGAUCUGCAGACAGCUUGGCUGUGGGGACACUGGGACUCUCAACUCUUCUUUUCCUCUCAGAGAAGGUUCUAGACCACGUUGGGUGGAUGGAAUCCAGUGUAGGAAAACGGACACCUCUCUCUGGCAGUGUCCUUCUGACCCCUGGAAACAAAGAUCUUGCUCUGCAAAGGAGGAAGCUUAUAUCAUGUGUUCAGGAAACAGACCCAAGAGCUGUCCAGCCAAUGCACCCUGCACAGACAAAGAGAAGCUCCGACUCAGGGGAGGAGACAGCGAGUGCUCAGGGCGAGUGGAGAUUUGGCAUGAAGGCACCUGGGGCACUGUGUGUGAUGACUCCUGGAGCCUGGCAGAGGCUGAGGUGGUGUGUCAGCAGCUGGGCUGUGGCUCUGCCCUGGAAGCCCCAGGGGAGGCUGCAUUUGGCCCUGGAAAUGGAAGCAUCUGGCUGGAUGAGGUGCAGUGCAGGGGCAGGGAGCCCUCCCUGUGGGCCUGUGCUGCAGCACCCUGGGGACAGAGUGACUGCAAGCAUGAGGAGGACGCUGGUGUGAGGUGCUCUGGUGAAAGGACAACAGCUCACCCCACCAGGAGAAGCACCAGUUCAGCCUCAGCUCCUGUCCCUGGCAUCUUCUCCUUACCUGGGAUACUCUGCAUGAUCCUGGGAGCCCUUCUCUUUCUUGUUCUCAUCAUCCUGGUAACUCAGCUGCUCAGAUGGAGAGUACAGCGCCAAGCCUUAUCCACUUUUGAAGAUGCUGUUGAUGAGGUCCUGUACCAGGAGAUAGAUUACCCCAUAAAUCCAGAGAAGGAGAGCCUGCUGAACAGCCCAGGAACCAUAUCUGAUGAUGGCUCAGCAACUAUGCUACCCUAUUACACAGGGGACAAUGAGGAGAAUGGAGACCCUGAACCUGCCCCAGAACCUGGAGGACAGCAUGCAGUUGCCACAAGCAGUGGUUAUGAUGAUGUUGAAGAGAUACCUGUUCCUGAAAAUCCUUCUUCAUUUGUAAUGAGGGAGAAGAAUUUUUUCUCAGAAGAGGGAGGUGGUUCCAGGUGUUCUCAUACAGGCAUCUCUCCUCAGUCUCUCAAAGAAGCUGACAAUUCUAACAUGGAAGAGACAGCAUCCUUAUUUGUCCUGAGAAAAGAAGACCCUGGAUAUGAUGAUGUUGAGCCUAACACCUUGUAGUGGUGUUUUGUUGUGUUUUGUAUUUUGUGUAACCAAGUCUGCAGAUAACUCCUUAUAAUAUUGUUUCCUGAUAAAAGAGAGUUCUGUCUUCUUCAUUACUAGAAAGUUUCUACAUUCAUUACUGGAAAGUUUCUCAUUUGCAAUAAAUACUCUGAGCCUCAAAUA